CCAUGAAUCGAACUUUUGUUCACCCCGAAGAGAAAAGAACAGAAAAAAAUUCAAGCAAUGUUAUACAGAGAGAGAGAGGGUAGAGAAUUCAAGCUUCCUUAGAGAGAGAAGCUAACUUAGAGAGAGAGGAACCAGAGCGGCAGAGCUGUAAGUCGAGAGAGAAGAACCAAACCUGUAAGAGAAGAACCAUGAAUCAAACAUUUUAUUUGCUUUUCCACAACUCCACCCCACCAUUGCCAUUUCAGACUUCUCAUUUCUGCAAAUCUUCUAUCAAUCCUCACAAACCUCUGGUUUUAAAGCCUCUUCUUCUGCCUAUAAACUGCUGGUCUACUCGUACUAACCCAGCCAUCCCAUUGGAGCAAAACCCACAAGACUCCAAACACAGGGCUCUUCUAGUUCAGAACUUCUUCCAAACCCAGCAACUAUUGGACUUAAUUGAAAAGAUUAAAGGUGGUAUUGACCCUCUGAAACUCCUCAGAGACGAAGGAGAUUGGAACAAGGAUCAGUUUUGGGCUGUGAUGAAACUUCUAAAGGAGACUUCUCGCAUAAAAGAGGCUAUGCAAGUUUUUGACUACUGGGUGAAUGUGGAGAGGUCAAGGCUCGAUGAUUCGAAUUAUACAAAGAUGAUAGAGUUGUUGGUAGAUGCUGGUCUCAUGGAUGAAGCAACCACCAUGCUCAAAGAGGUGAAAGAUUUUGGUGUCCGGCCAACUGUAGCUGUCUACAAUUUCAUAGUUCAUGGGUAUGCUAACACUGGGAAUUUUGACAAGGCCAACCUUUUCCUUAGGGAAAUGAGGGACCUUGGUCUGGUUCCUGAAUCUGAAACUUAUGAUGGAUUGAUUCGAGCUUAUGGAAAUCACAGAAUGUAUGAUGAUAUGGCCAAGUGUGCAAAGAAAAUGGAGUCUGAGGGCUUUACACCUGACCACCUCACUUACAAUAUACUGAUCAGGGAGUUUGCAAGAGGUGGGUUAAUGGUGAGAAUGGAAGGUGCUUAUCGAACUCUCCUUUCAAAGAAGAUGGGUUUGCAGUACUCCACUCUGGUUGCCAUGCUCGAGGCCUAUGCUGCUCUUGGUUGCGUGAAUGAGAUGGAGACAGUUUUUCGUAGGCUUCUCAAGUCCAAGAUCCCUUUAAAGGAGGAUCUGGUUAGGAAAGUGGCGAGGGCUUACAUAAAGAAUCACCGGUUCUCUAGAUUGGAGGAUUUGGGUCUUGGGGUGGCUUCAAAAACUGGCCGGACUGAUCUGUUUUGGUGUCUCCUUCUCCUCUCUCAUGCCUGUCUUUGUAGUCGGAAAGGCAUAAAAUCAGUAAUUCAGGAAAUGAAAUCAGCCAUGGUUAGGCCAAAUGUCACCUUUGCUAAUAUCACUGCCUUGACUUAUCUUAAGAUGAAAGAUGUGCAGUAUUUAGAUGUUUUGCUCUCUCAGCUUCAAUUGCUUAAUGUCAAUCCUGACAUCGUGACAGUUGGGGUAGUUAUGGAUGCAUAUGUGAGUGGGUUUGAUGACAUAAAAGCUCUAAGAAUGUGGAGAAAGACAGGCUUUUUAAGGAGGCCAGUGGAGAUGAACACUGAUCCUUUGGUCCUGACUGCCUUUGGAAAAGGAUAUUUUCUUAGGAGUUGCGAAGAGCUGUACUUGUCCCUUGGGGCUAAAGGAAGAGAACGUAAAGUUUGGACCUAUAAUGAUUUGAUUGAUUUGGUUUUUAAUCAAAAUGAAAGAAGCUGAUCAUCGCUGCAUCUCAAAUAAAAUAUAUCCAAUGGAAAGGAAUACAAUAAAAAUGCUUUUGCUUACUGGAAAUCAACCACGAAAUACUGGUGUUCGUUGGAAUGAAAUGCUAGAAUGCUGUUGUUUUCCUGUGUUAAACAAGAGAGGCUUGCACUGAAGGAUUAAAAAGUUAUAAUCCCAUCUCUAAGUGCUGAUGAUUUGUGGUAUCGGGCCUCGUCGAAAGAGGUGAGGUAUACCUUGUGGGUCUUGACCUCGUAGACGUGCUCCUAUAUCUAGGGAUAUUGACCUCCAAGGGGUCAGGGUUUGUAUCUAUACCCCAACUUGGUGGGUGGUCUAUGGGAUGCUGCGAGGGUGGUCCUGCUAACAGCUCUAGAAGAUCUACUCAUAAGGUUAAAAGGCAUAUGAACUCAUGAGGUUAAAUGUCAUAAAUGCAAUGUGAGUUGCUGAAUUUGUUGUGGAUGAGUGUGCAUUGAUUAUUGAGCCUAUUAAGAGUCAACAUUGGGCUGGUUGUGCAAUUGUCACAGACUUCAACAUCUUGCCAUGUUGCUUAUAAGCCUUCGCAGGCAUCUGAAGGAUACAUUUCUGGGUUGUCUGGUGGUUGGCAGUUGCUUGCACCAUAGUUUCCAUGCUCCUGGUUUUUUUCUUUUUUUUUAAAUUGUUAACUGUUAUAUUAGUGUAAGGGGAAUUACAGUAGUCUUUGGAGAUAGCCCACAGGCUGGGCUUCUCGGCAAAAAAUGGGCUUACCCAAAAAGGGUUCUAUGCAAAAAAUGAGUGGGGCAUAUAGAAUAUGUCCAUUACAAAAGAUAUAUAAAGAGAAACAGUGGAUCUAAAACGUCGAGGCCACAAAAAACGAGUGGGGUUGAACACCAAGAUUAGCAAACCAGUCCUUGGACUCUUAAGGAUCCACCUCACAGGCAACCACUCCUUCCUUAGCCAGUUGGUCUGCCUGGGUGUUUGAUUCCCUCCAAAUAUGCCUCUAUAAGAUCUAUCCCUGCAAAUGUGCAUAAUCUCAUCAUAAAUCGAAGCAAGGUACCAAGGGGGGGGACUGACUUUUCAGAAGCCCAAGUGACAAUAUUUAGGGCGUCUCCUUCAACAAUCAGAGGUUGUCCCCAAGCAGGGUUGAAUAAUUUGAGACCCGAAAGAAGGGCCAAUGACUCUGCUAGAUGGGAGUCGGCGUGGCCAAUGAACUUGGAGAAAAAGGCCAGUAUAUUGCCACAGUGGUCUCUGAAGACCCCACGUAAGCUAGCUGGCCCUGGGUUUCCCAAAGAGCACCCAUCAAAAUUCAGUUUUGUGAGGCCUACCGGGUGGGUAGACUAAUUGUUGGCUCGAACAACCUGAGGUGGUUGGAGGUGGAGGACGUUUUCCCAGUUUUGUAGAAAGUACGAUGCCAAAAUGCCUUUGAAAGCCUUGUGAUUUGAAGCCCACAAGAUGACUUAAGCUGUAAUCUUGUGGAAGCGGGCCGAGGCUUCACACCUGGAUCCUUGGAAAAUCCUUGAAUUUCUUUCCAUCCAAAUUAACCAAAUGGUAGCUGCCAUGAAGGCUUUCCAAAGGACCCGACCUGCCUUCGGCCAAUGAGAAUCCAAGAGAGACAAAGGAGAGCUGGGAGGGAUGGCGCUGUAACCCAAGAGAGGCUGAAGAGGCGAAGAAUGAGGCUCCACAUAUUGAAGGCAAGGCUGCAAUGAAUAAUGAGGUAAGGGUUGCUCUCUUCCUCACAAAGGCACAUGACACAGCGGUUAGGAAUGGGAAUACCCCUGCGUUUUAAUUGGUCGACAGUCAGUGCCUUCUCAGAGCACACUAUCCAGUCGAAAGCUUGUACUCUUGGUGGGGCUAUAGUGGACCACACCUUGUUUACCACCGAAGUAGGAGAGUGUGGGAAGGUGGGUGGUUGUAGCAGUUUUUUGUAGGAGGCAACUGAGAAAGAACCAGAGGGUAAGGGGGUACACACCAUACUAUCCGAACCAGAGAAAGCAAGGAAAGUUGAGUGUAACAAGGAGGAGAGAGAGCGAGAGAGAGAGAGAGAGAGAGAGAGAGAGAGAGAGAGAAAGUCCAAGGUUUCUCUACGGGAGAGGGCCGCAAAAGAUGGAUUCCAGACCCUACGACUACCUGAGAUGGGCAUCUCGUCCUCAAUGGAAGAGGAUGUAUUGGUGGCCAAGGAAAAGAGGGGAAUCGAUCUCUAGGUGGAGUGUUGCCCGACCAAAGGUCUGACGAGAAUCGGGUUAUGUUGCCUCUCCUAGGAUGGAAGGGAAUGUUUCCAUGCUCCUGUUACAAGAGUACUUCUGCAGUUAUAUGUUACUUAUUUGUAGGGCCUCUCUGGCUAAUAUUUUUGCAUGGUGUAGCAAGAACCAUUUUGGUAGCACCAGUAGUUGGGCCAGGUGGUGCACGUAUGCCUCAUAUUUGUUUCAAUUCAUACAAGCCCCUCAACAUCAGAAAAGAAUCAUAUCUUUCUGGUAACCCGUAUGAAUGUUAUUUGGUAUUUGAUUUAGGGAAACUCUUAAAUGAUCCACAUGGUUAUGAUAACGACAUGACCAUGUUGAUUAUCAUUGUCCAAUCAAAUGGGUCGAAUGGUGAUAUGGUGAUGUAAGUAUGCCUUAAUGACAUGUUUAGCGGGAUCUGUUCCCUCCAGCACCGUCCAAGUCAUUGAUGGGAUGGUGACAACCUCAUGGUUAUGUUUUGAUGACCAUAUGGAUCAAUGGUUUAUACAGCGUUUGAAUUUUUGACCAUCGUUUCUCUCAGAUAUUGCAUCUUUAAAUGUAGUUGGAGAUCUUUUGAUGAUUCUUUUAAUCUUCAUGUAACCAUUCAAAAAAAAUGUGAAUGUGUAUAUAAACAUAUGUUCUGCUGAUCUAUAAACAUAUACUCUCUUGAUUUA